CUCAUAAUGUCCAAAGUUGUGGGUAAAUGGUUGAAUAUCUCAAGUCCUGGCUGUUGGAAGGAGCAGAGGGCGAAAUAAGUGAACGCAUGGUGGACUUUGUAUAUCAUCGCUUGGAUGCCUCAUGUAAAGAGGCAUUUCUUGACAUAGUUUUCUUCUUUUGUAAUUGGGAGCGGUGCAUGGUGGCCUUUGGUGUUGGAGAGAUGGAGUUUCAAGAGCUUGAAAGGUCUGCACUAGUAAAUGUCACAGAUGAAGGUGAAGUGAAUGUUCAUGAUAUAGUGAAAGCAAGAGGAAGAAUGCUCUCACUAGAAGGGGAGAGAAUAACCGAUCUUGAAUCUCUCACAGAUGUUCUCCAAGAUGCACAGAGGAUUAAGAAAACGAAGGGAAUUUUUCUUUCUGAAAAUUUUGAGUUGGAAGCACGUCAUCUCAACUUGAUGAAGAGAUCAUUAAGAGUUUUGAUCUUGAUAGAAUCAACAAGAAUAGUAAAUGGAGAAUGUGAAGGAGCCUUUGAACAUCUAAGGUUGGUCAGCAUCGACAACCAUGAUAAUUACUCACGGAUGAAUGUUAGUAAACAUCCCAAAUUAACAGCUCUUAUUGUGAGAUAUGACGAAGACUCCAACUUUCCUGAGGUCUCAGGCGUCACAUCCUCAUUGAAAUAUAUGUGUAUAGAAAGCUCUACAUUAGUAAAUCUUGUCACCACCCUUUCCCAACUUCAGUCUUUGCGUUCUCUAACACUGCAGAAUUGUAGAGGGUUUGAUAGCCUUCCUCAAAACAUUGGGAACCUACCUUUUUUGGGAAAGUUGGAUUUGUCAAGUUGCUCCAGUUUGACAAGCCUUUCAGACGACUUUGACAAUUUAUCUAGUUUGGAAAACUUGGAUUUAUCUUAUUGUCCUAGUUUGAUAAGCCUUCCAGACAGUUUUGGUAAUUUGUCUUCUUUAAACCAAUUGGAUUUACAAUCUUGUUCCAGUUUGAUAAGCCUUCCAGACAGUUUUGGUAAUUUGUCUUCUUUAAACCGAUUGUAUUUAACAUCUUGUUCCAGUUUGAUAAGCCUUCCAGACAGUUUUGGUAAUUUGUCUUCUUUAAACCGAUUGUAUUUACCAUCUUGUUCCAGUUUGAUAAGCCUUCCAGACAGUUUUGGUAAUUUGUCUUCUUUAAACCAAUUGGAAUUACAAUCUUGUUCCAGUUUGAUAAGCCUUCCAGACAAUUUUGGCAGUUUAUCUGAUUUGGUAGAGCUACGAUUAGACGCUUGUACAGAGCUAUCUGUGUUGCCAGAAAGUUUCGGAAACCUUGGUUCUUUGGAGAAGUUGAUAUUGACACAUUGUGAUGAGCUCUCGAAUCUACCUCAAAACUUUGGUCAGCUGAAGUGUUUAAAAUAUGUGAGCAUAUAUGGAUGUUUCAAAUUACAGACCCUCUCAAGUGAUUUUGAAUGUUUGAGUUCACUGGUUGCCGUUGAUGCUUCAUGUUGUUUUCAACUGGAGGAAAAUGCAAUGGACAAGUUAGCGAUGAUGAAGGGAUUGAUGUUUGUGGGUAUAAAUGGAAGCCCUAUGUUGAAAAUGCGGUGGGAUCAAGUGAAAGACCAAUAUUCUUUAGUAGUAAGACAGGGAUUGCGGCUAGGUGCAGAUAGAGAUGUAAUGCAUAGAGCAUUUUUUCACAGUGAGUCAAAAUUCCUACAUGUUGAUGAGAAUGGGCAGUUUGCGGAGUCCCCCCGUCCAGCAGCCGGCGUAAUUCUGUGUGUGUUGUUAACGGUGUGUGAUCUGACAUCGCCAUCAAAUAGCAGAUAUUUGGAAGCAGUGAAGAGGAAAUGGAUGGAGGUGAAAAGUGCAUCGGUGGAGAUGAUGAUGAUGAUUUUGGUGGAGGUGGGAAGUUCAUGGGAUGAAAGCGAAGGACGAGUUACAGAAAUCCUCCCCCAUUUGCCGAGGGACACCACUGCUUGGAUUGCUCCUGACAAUAGGGCCAGGCUACUCUUUGCCUAUUCCCUUUUCAAGGUUUUGCGGGAUGAAUAUAAUUAUAAUAAGAUGUGUGAUGUCAUCGUCAGCAUGUUAACAUCUGUGGAUGAAGAGGGAAGGAUGAAGAUGCAGCUUCUCAACGACCACUAUACACCUGAUUUUGAGUACCAAGACAGUUGGGAGAAAUUAUUCUCCCCUAUUUUCGAAGCUUCAAAUUUUUUCUAGAGGCGCCAAUUGGGUGAAAUGUUCUCCGCAACUAUGAUAAGCUAACGGGCCUUUCCCAGCCGCCACUUUUAUGUAUCAUUGGCCUCCCGCCGGGCUUGUGAGGUGCCCGACUUUCUCCCAGGCCAUUUUAUUGAACAGUUUGAAUGCAUUUCA